CGGGAGGCGGCCGCAGGGCGGGAGCCCCAGAGGGCAGGAACCGGCCUGCCGGCUGGGAACCCAGCAUCCAGCAUCGCCGUGCCCGCCAAUGCGGCCGGGCCCCGGGAAAGCCAGGCCCGCUGCAUGCCCAUGUGGGCCGGCGGCGCUGGGAGCCCUCGGCGGGGCACGGCCCCUGCACCCACCGAUGACCUCUUCGCCCGGAAGCUGCGCCAGCCAGCACGGCCGCCGCUGACACCACAUACCUUCGAGCCAAGGCCAACCCGGGGCCCCCUCCUGCGCAGCGGCAGUGACGCAGGCGAGGCCCGGCCCCCCACGCCGGCCAGCCCCCGAGCCCGUGCCCACAGCCACGAGGAGGCCGGCCGCCCUGCUGUGGUCCCCACGCGCCUCUUCACUGACCCACUGGCACUGCUGGGGCUGCCAGCCGAGGAGCCAGAGCCCUCCUUCCCGCCAGUGCCUGAGCCCCGCUGGUUCGCCCACUAUGACGUGCAGAGCCUGCUCUUCGACUGGGCUCCGCGGCCUCGGGGGGCGGGGGGCCACACGGAGCCCGGCUCUGGGACCCUGGCCUCGGCUGAGGACCGGACUGCCCGCUCAGACCUGCUGCUGGAGGCGCCCGGCUUUGUGAGUGAGCUCGGGGGUGAGGGUGAGCUGGGCCUGGGUGGACCCGUGUCCCCGCCUGUGCCUCCUGCACUGCCCAACGCAGCCGUGUCGGUCCUGGAGGAGCCACAGAACCGAACCUCAGCCUACAGCCUGGAGCACGCGGACCUGGGCGCCGGCUACUACCGCAAGUACUUCUACAACAAAGAACACCAGAACUUCUUCGGACUGGACGAGGCGCUGGGUCCGGUGGCAGUGAGCCUGCGGCGGGAGGAGAAGGAGGGCAGCGGCGGGGGCACUCUGCACAGCUACCGGAUCAUCGUGCGGACCACGCAGCUCCGGACCCUCCGUGGCACCAUCUCGGAGGAGGUGCUGCCCCCGGGGCCCCCGAGGGGCCUGUCCCCGAGGAAGCUUCUGGAGCACGUGGCGCCCAGGCUGAGCCUGACCUGCCUGCGCCUGGGCUCAGCCUCACCGAAGGUGCCACGCACGCUGCUCACGCUGGACGAGCAAGUGCUGAGCUUCCAGCGCAAGGUGGGCAUCCUGUACUGCCGGGCGGGCCAGGGCUCGGAAGAGGAGAUGUACAACAACCAGGAGGCAGGACCCGCCUUCAUGCAGUUCCUCACCCUGCUGGGCGACGUGGUGCGGCUCAAAGGCUUUGAGAGCUACCGGGCCCAGCUGGACACCAAAACCGACUCCACAGGCACGCACUCGCUCUACACCGUGUACCAGGACCACGAGAUCAUGUUCCACGUGUCCACGAUGCUGCCUUACACCCCCAAUAAUCAGCAGCAGCUCCUGCGGAAGCGCCACAUCGGCAACAACAUCGUGACCAUCGUGUUCCAGGAGCCGGGCAGCAAGGCCUUCUGCCCCAGCACCAUCCGCUCGCACUUCCAGCACGUGUUCCUGGUGGUGCGGGCCCAGGCGCCCUGCACCCCGCACACCUCCUACAGGGUGGCUGUGAGCCGCACCCAGGACACCCCAGCCUUUGGUCCGGUUCUGCCCCUAGGUGGAGGCCCUUUCGCGGCCAAUGCCGACUUCCGGGCCUUCCUGCUGGCCAAGGCGCUCAAUGGCGAGCAGGCGGCGGGCCACGCACGCCAGUUCCACACCAUGGCCACGCGCACGCGCCAGCAGUACCUGCAGGACCUGGCCACCAAUGAGGUGACCACCACGUCGCUGGACUCAGCUUCCCGCUUUGGCCUGCCCUCCCUGGGCGUGAGGCGGCGGGCGUCCCCUCGGGGCGCGGGGGCCGAGCUGCAGGCGGCCGGCGCGCUGGUGUGGGGAGUGCGCGCGGCGCCCGGGGCGCGGGGCGCGGCCGGGGCCCAGGCAGGCAGCCCCGACCACCCCGAGGUGCCCUGCCUGCUGGGCAUCUCGGCCGAGGCGCUGGUGCUGGUGGCGCCCCGCGACGGCCGGGUCGUCUUUAACUGCGCCUGUCGCGACGUGCUGGCCUGGACCUUCUCCGAGCAGCAGCUCGAUCUGUACCACGGCCGCGGGGAGGCGAUCACCCUGCGGUUCGACGGCCCCCCUGAGCAAGCCGUGGGCGAGGUGGUGGCGCGCCUGCAGCUGGUGAGCCGCGGCUGCGAGACCCGCGAGCUCGCGCUGCCCCGCGACGGCCAGGGCCGCCUGGGCUUCGAAGUGGACGCCGAGGGCUUCGUCACGCACGUGGAGCGCUUCACGUUCGCGGAGACGGCGGGGCUGCGGCCCGGGGCGCGCCUGCUGCGCGUGUGCGGCCAGACGCUGCCCAACCUUGGCCCCGAGGCCGCGGCUCAGCGGCUGCGCUCCGCGCCCAAGGUCUGCAUCACCGUCCUGCCCCCGGAUGAGAGCGGCCGGCCCCGCAGGAGCUUCUCGGAGCUGUACAGGCUGUCUCUGCAGGAGCCCGGCAGGCGCGGGGCCCCAGGGCCAGUGCAGGAAGAGGCGCCUGAAGUGGCCCUGAUGCCCACCACGCAGCAGCUGCUGCACGUGUGCCUGAGUGACGGCAGCGGCCCGCCGGGGCCCGGAGACCUAGCCGAGGAGAGGACCGAGUUCCUGCACAGCCAGCACUCGCCAUCGCCCUGCAGCUCCCUGUCAGAUGAGGCCCCAGUCCUGCCCAACACCACCCCAGACCUCCUCCUGGCAGCCACGGCCAAGCCGUCACCUCCGGGUGCUGGCAGGGAGACACCCCCCACCCAGGAUGGGCCGGCCAGCCCCAAUGGCGAUGAGGACAGAGGCGACCCGGCCCCAGAGAUGAGGGCCUCCUUCCUGCCACGGACCUUGUCUCUUCGAAACUCCAUCAGCAAAAUCAUGUCGGAGGCGGGCGCGGAGACUCUGGAGGACGAGUGGCAGUCCAUCUCGGAGAUCGCCUCCACUUGCAACACCAUCCUGGAGUCGCUGUCCCGGGAGGGUGAGGCCACUGAGGGUGAGUGCUGUGGGGAGGAGCCAGGAUGGGGCUCUUACUUCCUUUACCGACCUGCUGUUCCUCUUUCCCCACAGGACAGCCCAUCCCAGAGAGUGGAGAUGCCAGGGGAACCCCCAAACCUGAUGCUGAGCCAGAACCCAGGAGCCUGUCCGAGAAGGUCUCUCACCUGGAGUCCCUGCUCAGGAAGCUGCAGGAGGACCUGCAGAAGGAGAAGGCGGACAGGGCGGCCCUGGAGGAGGAGGUUCGCAGCCUGCGGAACAACAACCGCCUGCUCCUGGCCUCCAAGCACCUGGGCUCGCCCACCACGGACUUGGCCUGAGCCGCUCGGCCCAGCCUCAGCCUGGCUGUGGACCUGCUCGGCACCGCCCAGGUCCUUCAGGGCGCGGGGCCGCACCGGGCCCUGGGCCCCCUCAGGAACUCGCCCUGCGCACAGGCGCAUCUUAGCACUGCCCCCACUCCCCAGCCCAGUACUGGUGGCGAAGUUUCCCCUGCCCCGUGCCUGUUUGUAAAUAUUCUGUGAGAAAAGGGGACUUCAGGGAUUAAAGAAGCCAC